CCUGACAGGUUCAGUCAGAUGAGGGGAAGGAAGGAGGGGGAGGAGCCCUCUGUGACAGUUGUCCUAGAAUGGGCAUAAACAGGAUGUGGUAUUGGAUGAAGGCUUCCCCCUACUCUUCAGCCCGCCUCCCACAGCCCUGGUUCCCCACCUCCAGAAGACAGCGGAACUGAGAAAAGAAGAGGUCUGAGGACAGAAGAGCCAUGUCUGACUCCCUGGUGGUGUGCGAGGUGGACCCUGAGCUGAGGGAAAAACUGCGGAGAUUCCGCUUCCGAAAAGAGACGGACAAUGCCGCCAUCAUAAUGAAGGUGGACAAAGACCGGCAGAUGGUGGUGCUGGAGGAAGAAUUUCAGAACAUUUCCCCAGAGGAACUCAAAAUGGAGUUGCCGGAGAGACAGCCCAGGUUCGUGGUUUACAGCUACAAGUACGUGCAUGAGGAUGGCCGCAUGUCCUACCCUCUGUGUUUCAUCUUCUCCAGCCCCGUGGGGUGCAAGCCUGAGCAACAGAUGAUGUAUGCAGGAAGCAAAAACAGGCUGGUGCAGACGGCAGAGCUCACGAAGGUGUUUGAAAUCCGCACCACUGACGACCUCACCGAGGCCUGGCUCCAGGAAAAGUUGUCUUUCUUUCGUUGACCUCUGGGCAAGGAGCCUGAAUUCCUGAAGUCUGAGUCCCCAAGGACUCGGACCCCCUAGGACCUGAACACCCAGGACCCUACAGAAAUUAAAAAUCGAAGAACUCCAAA